AUGGAGCAGCAGUCGGCGUACACGGCGUUCAAGAAGCAGAUUGUGCGGGAGAAUGUCUACAAGGACUUUGCACGGCUCCAGCAGUUGGCUCGAAUCGGGUCGGACGCGGCGCGCAAUUGGCAGCAAAUCGCUUUUUUGAACCAGUGCAACGAGCUCGAGAGCAACGCCAAGUGGUGGCACCACCUCAACCUCCUCGGCAUCGCCUGCGAGCACAAGGCCUUCCAGAGCGAACGGCGAAACGUCCAAGUGCUCCAGGCCAUCGUGCCGCAACUGCUGCAAGCCACGUCGCUCGAUCUCUACUGCGUCCUUGAGUUUACGCGUCAGUACAACAUCCCCGACAGCUACCCGUGCCUUCUCUUCGUGAAGGCCCUCCUCUUGGACACGAGCAGCACCGACUACACUAGUCGCAUCGUGGGUGUCCUCGAAGACAUUCACCAGCACGAGCUAUUGCAACUGCUCGUCUCGGUGCUCGGCACCCUCCCGACGCGGGACUAUGCGCGCCUGCGGUUCGAGCAAGACGAAAUCGCCAACCGACUUCAAGUGCUGAGCUUUCUCGAGUCGUUCCAGCCGCCGCUGCCGUUCCACGAGCUGCUCCACGACCCGUGGGCAGUUCUCGAGCCGGAACUGUCGUCGGCGUCCGUGGUGCAACUGGUGUCCCUCUCAGGGCCGCUCGACCUCGACCCGGAUGAGAUGUACAUGCGUCUCAUCAAGAAGCUGGUGCUACAGCACACGACCGAGCAGUCGUUGACGCUGUCGUUUGCCUCAUUUACCGAAAUCCUUCAGCAUCUGAGCAGCCUCCAGCAUAAGGUGACGACGACAGAAUGGCUCUCGGAAAAGUACAAGCCGCCGUUCCAAGAGCACACGGUCGCUGCGCUCGAGUUUGCUCUGUCGCUGACGCAGGCGACGCCACAUGCGCAGCAAGGGGACGAGGCCAAGCUCGCAUUCGUGGGCUCCGAGGCCACGACGCGGCUGCAGCUCAAGCUGCUUCGCAUCCAAACCGACCAGUGCUGGCUCGCAGCUGCGAACCACUUUGCAGAAGAUGCAGCUCCGACGCCGUGUCCGCCGUACACGUCACCCGCUGACGUCAUCGGGCACCUCUACGAGACCUUUGGCCACCUUGCGCACAAGCAAAUGAGCCCGCUCGUGAACGCCAUGGCCGCGCAAGUCGCGCGGCUGCACCGCCAGUCGAUCAGCAGCAUCCGGAAAGACUGGAUGCUCCGGCGUCUUCAGCAGUGCGCGCCACCAUCCAACAACGCGCCUGGUCUCUGGGCUGCGUUUGGCGCCGGAGACGACCCCGACGAGACGGCCCUUGUCGACCGGCUCGUCUACGCCUGCGCCGACGAGCCGCUGGCCACAACAGGCGCGGCGUUGUGGGCGUAUGCGUCGAACCCGGCGCCGCGGUCUGGCGUCACGUACCGCGCCAAGCACCGUGCGCUGCAGCUGCUCGUGCAGCUUCUCCGGACGCUCGACGCCAGUGUCGAGAACGUCCUAUCGGGCGUGACGCACGCGCAGCUGCUCGCAAUGCGCCAGCACUGUUGUCAUUUGGCGCGCUUUGAGGCGCUGCAGUUUCCACAAGCGUUUGGACACUUUGUCCAGUGCGACAAGGCGGCGCUCGUGCGCGGACUCUGGCGCGAACACCACACGAAGCGCGAUGUCGUCGACCUCCUCGCGACGCUCAUGCUCGCGUACACGAUCCAUGACGCGACGCUCUGGCAGCGCAUUUUAUCGCAAAUGACGGUGCUCGAGAUGUUUCCGUCGCUCUUCCAGCUGCUGCGACCCCUCAGCCGUCUUCCCGCGCUUCAGGCGUCGUCUAUGGACAUGGUGGCGCUCUACAACCGCGUGCUGCUGUGGCCGCUGCAGCAACUGGCAGCAGCCUCGCACUUGGACGACGCCGACGUGCCGCGCGUGCAGCACGUGCUAUCGAGCAUCGUCCUGAGUCUGCAGCAGUGUCCGUUCUUGGAGCGCCUCGACCUCCGAGGUCUCGUCGAUGCGCUCGACGGGUUGACGUACAUGCAACUGCCACUGCCACUUCGCGACGUCGCGGUCGAGUGCGCACUCACGGUGCCGCAGCAGUCGGCGCGCUUGGCGAUGCUCGAGGUGCUCGUGGCGCGGGAUGCGAGCUACCUCGUAGCGCUGCUCCGCGUGCUCUUUCGACUGCCGCUGGACCGUCUCGAGGCCGGCCAUCGACGCUGCCUCUCGUGGGUCGCCGACCGCGUCGUCGAGCGCCAAUGCACACGCGACGUCCUCGGCCAAGCAGAGAUUGCGCCGUCGUACUGCGAGUUUGUCGCGUCGUCGCUGUCACCCUCGCCAGCGCUGGACCACGUUGUCGCACAGCUGCUCGAAGAGAACCGGAUGGGCGAUGCCAACCACGUCGUGGAGCUGCAUUUGCAGGCGCGAGCGUCGCCGAUCGAGACGGGUCUGGCGCUAGAAGUCUACUUGGCCGAGACCACGUCGCCGCUGCUAUUGGGCUUCCGCAGCGACCUGCUGCAGUAAUGCUUGUAUGUCGUACAUGAGACAGUGCUCGAUACUAGUACGCGUUUCCAAGUCUUUCUACUCGG